UCCUCGCGCCGCAGCGUCCGGAGCGACGUGAGCAGAGGCACCGUCGUCUGCAUUGCUGCUGGCCCGCGCACCGCCGGUAGUGCAACAGAUGAGCAGAUAGGUGCCCCUCAGUCGGUGCUUAUUUUGUGGAUUUUAGUAGCUACUUCGGAAAUGGUGUUCUGAUACAAUGCCAGUGGUGAUGGCAGUGAUUGUGUGCUCGCUCACUGCUCCGAAACAUGUCGGCGACGAGAGGCAACUGCUCUACCGUGUGUGACUGUGCCGGCUUGUGAGUUUGUGGGUGCGAAAUCAGGUACCCUCUUGUUGGAUGCAUGGCGGAGUCGCCCCUUGUAAAGCGGCGUGCGCAGAGGACACCGGUGCGGUGGCUCACUCUUCUAGGAUGUCUUCAAGCGGCUUCCCCCUUUGUCGGGAGCGCUGAAGCUUUCGUCACAAAAGGCACCUGGGGUAAACCUCCUCGGGCAGUGGACUGGGAUGGCAGAGCGAGAAGAACCCCGCAGCUGCAGGGAGGCUUCCAAGGUGGUGGCUUCGUCGACUAUUGGCCCGGCCACACGCAACCCUCCUUUGGUCCUGCUCACAACGUAACCACGCAACUAGGACAGACCGUCUAUCUCAACUGCAUUGUCAGCAACCUCGGUGACAAAACAGUGACAUGGAUCCGUCGCAGGGACCUGCACGUGUUGACGGUUGGGCUGGAUACGUAUAUCGGAGACCCUCGUUUUCAGCCCAUCCACUUGGACCGCUCCAACGACUGGGCGCUGCAGAUACGUUAUGCACAACUCAGCGACCAAGGCCUCUACGAGUGUCAGGUGAGCACGGAUCCCAAGAUGAGCCUAUUCGUUCAUCUACGCAUCUUGGAAGCCCGGGCUGAGGUGGAAAAUGGUGUUGGUCAGCUCUUCCUCAAGACGGGUUCCACCAUCAACCUGACCUGCGUCAUCACGCAGAGCCCAGAGCCGCCGGUGUUCGUCUUCUGGUUCCACAACAACCGCAUGAUAAACUACGAUGAUACGGCGAAGAGUGAGACGAUGGUUCGUCGUGCGGGUCGUAACGCCGCCAUCUCUCGCCUCAUCAUCCAAGACGCGGUGCCCGCCGACUCGGGGAACUACACCUGUGGACCGUCUAACGCGGACAGCGUUACUGUCGCCGUCUUUGUGCUCAAUGGUGAGAAGCCAGCUGCUAUACAGCGAGGAACAACAGCUUCAUUAUCUGGAGCUGCUGCUCUGUCAUCCGCUUGCUGCUGUAUCGGCCUACUCGCGCUCGUGGCUUUGAGCCAGCUCAAGAGGUGAUACCAGGUCAGCGAAAGCCCUGCCAGUGAACAGCCACACUGACACUGCGGCUCCCGUGCCGGGAAACUUAAGUGCUCACCUACCGCCGUCCCAGAGGCCAGCCGAACUGGAGGCAAUGCUGGAAUCGGUGCUGCACGACAUCGGUGCCAGUAUCUACUGCGAAUAGUGCCAAACGUACUUGCAUUUGAGGAUAGCACGGGGUUUCUCUCACGUCUACGUGCUAUUCCACAGUGAAGUGCAAUGCUUACGUGUUAAGAAAGCAUGAGGUGUGCAGUUUAACUGCGUGUUUAUCAGUCGAUGGAAUGCUCACAUGGAGUAAGAACUAACAGUGCCUAGAAUUCACGACAUAUGGCGCAGCAUGUCGAAGUUCGGCAGUUUCGGUGCAAGCUUUCAAAGGCAAAAUAUAUCAGCUAUAAUUAUUUUCGUCUCGUACAGGUGGAAUGGCGCAAGGUCUCAUAAACAUAUGGUUGAAUUUGUCAAGGUGUGUCGAAUAUAAUUUCAGUGUUUAGGACGUUGCGCAGACCACGCGUAAAGAUAAGAAAUUUCAUACGCUGAAUACUUUCUGCGUUCUGUACGACUAUGUGAUCAAGAGUAUUUUGAAGUUAAACAUUAUUUAAGUUUCUUGAGAUCAAACGUGUUCCAUAUUUUUUCAUAACUGAAAGCUAUUUUUGCUUUUUGCAAAAACAAGCUCCUCAACGUGCUUCCUGCAACGAUUAUGUGCCUUGCGGGAGUCAAUAUUUGCAAAAAAUGACGCGCCUUCUGUUUUACGUUGAGCGGUGUCUUUCUACAUUGAACUAUACAUAGACGAAUAUCCAUAGUGAGUUUUGCACGAGAGAGAGGCGAACAUAAGCGGCGUCUCCAACUCUGCUUUUAUUUUAGUGGGAGGCAUGUUUUGAUGGUGAUCAUCGGCUUUCUUGACUAACGAUGGAAAGAAAGCGAAACUCAUCCGAAUUCCCGAUAGUGUUGCGCUGUGCUGCUGCUAAUAGAGAUGUGUAAAUGUUUUAUCUUUGUCCCUUGAAGUGCACUCAGUUAUCACUCAACAAACCGGUCGCACUCAUGUCACCGCAUAACAAGUGGACACUAUUACCCCGGAAUAAAUUACAAGCAUUGGGCAGGACUUCUGCUUUGUCACCUUAGGAAUAGCAGAGUGAUAACCGCGUUUGUAAUGGUUGACAUAUUUUUUGCCGAUUCAGGAGCAGGUCACGAAACGUGCGCCCAGUUUCUUUUUCGUUAUAAUGGUGAUUAUGCUAGGAGAGAAAAAUGGAGAUGUGAGCCAACUCACCGUGGGACAAGAUGACGUGAAAUAUAUAGCCGUCUCAGUGACGAAAAGUUGCCAAAAGUAUUCCUAUGUAAGACGUAGCUGCGUCCAAAGUAGCCACCAUACCACGAACGCAGCGUUCCACUUUGAAAACAUUACACGAAACGAGGGCAAGUACAAGUACAAAGUACUGGCAGAUGAUACCCCAAAAUGGACACGCCUGAAUACAGCACAAUGCACACACGGAAUUACAGGAUUAUGUCAAAGCAUCUACUUGCCAGGCACUGACUAGUGGCGUUGUUGGCUGCAAAAGAAACAAUUUUAGUGGACAGGGAUGAUUCUUUCUGACUACUUUCUCAUCGAGCUCAACUUUUUGUGUUGAAAGAGUUUUCAGAAAAACCAGAGGGCGAAGGUGUAGCACCCAGUGGCCUAGCACUGGACAUGGCUUGCAAAAGUGAGCACGAAGGGUCAAUUCUCAUUCUGUUUCUCAUAAACGAACGAGAAUUGGUCUAGGCAUGCCACAAGUAGGGACGACACAGACAUUCCCUGCCGAUUCUCGUUUAAAUCCAGUAAAAUCCAAUGUGAUCCAGUAAAAUCCAGUUAAAUCAAGUAAAAGUCUCCAGGGAUUAGUCAAGGAGCCAAUCAAAAUAUUUAGAAUCCACAAGGACAAGAAAGCAACCAUUUUCGCGAAAAGUAUCCAGUGUUGACAGCCCUGGUGAGCAGACGGCGAAGAGUUGAUGCGCCUCUAAGAAGUCUAGCGAAAACGCAUCCGGGCGAACACAUUCCCGAUGGUUUUCGAGCUGUGUUAUGCAUAAUAGGCGCAGCUCAGAUGUUAGACUCGGUUUGCACAGUUUAUCGCACCCCACUGCUCAACUUAUAACAGGAAACUAUAACCUAAAAGCGAUACGAAAUGUAGCACGGCAUGCCUAACAGAUCACUCCGCCGGAGAAAUUACGUUGCAGCUCCAGCAGACACCGCCUAUAGUCCUCGUGUCGGUGCACCCCUUGUUGCACAACGUAGUGCGAUGCGGACACCUAUUGAAGCCAAUUGGAAGAAGCAAAACAGGGCUUAAGCUUGCCGUUUUUAGGUUGAACAGGACCACAGUUGUGCAAUUUGACGAUCGAAAGGUAAGUAACCGUUGCAGGAAGCGCGGCAACAACUUUACCCCUAGUCACCCUGCGUAUUGACUUUGCACUUCGUUUAACUGUCCUUUCUAAGGAUUGUGCUCUUGACUAUGGAUGAGUGACAAUAAUGUGAUUGCUCCUGAUGUUACAAGGACACAGACCUCUUGUCUUAGUUUCUGACCCAGAAAAAGUGUUAGAAAUGUAAGAGGACUGUUUGAUGGUUCCCUUAAGGCAUGAUAGUGAAACAAUUGGCCAAGUUGCUAAAUGUCUAACAUGACGAAAACAUCGCUGAAACACAUCUGUCCUAUGCUGUCUACAUCUUCGUCCUGUGUCUUUUAGCGCUGUUUUCAUCAUGUUAGGUUCCCUUAAGGGUCUGUUGCUCGUCCUGAUGUUCCUACGGUCGGGAGAGUACACUGAAGGCUCUCUGAGGUACAUCUUAUGGUUACAGCUAUCAGGGACAGCCGCGCGAAACGUUAGAGUUAAUUAAUAAUAGAGUUAAACAAUAGAGUUAAUUGAAACUUAUGUCUUAAAUUGUCGCUGCGUGCGCACUUUGCUCACCGUUGUGCUCAAUCAAAUAUUCAGCAACUGCACAAAAUUGUACUGAACGAUUGUCUAGGAAAGAAAAUGUCUGAUGUCAUCAAUCCUCUGGCCUGGUCAUAGCACUGGGAUUGCUCAAGAAAAGCUACUUAAUAUGCCGCGUACGAAGAACUCAGGACGACAUCUCGGAUCCUACUUAUCGGCAACAAGAUGCCUAUACAUUCGUUGGAAGAGAAUGUCACAAGAACCACAAGGAGUAUUGCAUGUGAUGAAGUUGGAUAUACCCUCAAAUACCUCCACUCAGUUAGGUGUGAGGAGCUCCAUGAGCUGAUAGGAGGACCUGAGAGUGAAGCGUCAGGAGCGAGGGAAGGCCAAGAAGGCAUCGACGUUGCGAACGUGCAUCUCUUAUUCAAAUGCUGCGAAAAUUAAAGCAGGCAUGAAGUAUAUGACACACACUCCUUCGAUGGUAUCUGCGUGAACAUUUUGCCGUCCACGUGCUACACCUUAUUUGUAUGCAUUUCUUAUUUUGAGAUUCGAACGUGUUGUGAAGGGUCAUAGAUGUGUUAUUUUGUUGUAAGCCCUCCUGCCUACUUUGUUAUGGCACACAUUCUCUGGUUUGCACGCUCCGGUGUCAUCGCGUUUGUUUUCUAGAUUCGGGGCAGAAAGUCCUUUCAUUGUCAGGCCCUUUAAUGGUGUCUCGACGGUAGGACACAUAUGAAAUACAGCAUCAAUGGCGGGGGGAGGGGGUGCCGAAAUAGCUUGCUGUUGUUGGCCGCACACGAGUGGGCAUCGUCAUGACCGUACCUGGGUUAAUUACUUCUAAAAUGUAAUUAAAUUACAUUACUCAUUACUCCAGUUAGAAUUUAAUUAAAUUACAUUACUCAUUACUGCAACUGAAAUGAAAUGAAACUACAUUACAAAUACUACGAAAAGUAAUGACAUUACAAAGUCAUUACUUUGCCGUUAUUGGCAUACAUGUUCCCGAGUUUUGUGGAAGGCCACGAUGGACAAAAACACAAAAGUUGACGAAGCUUGCCUUCCCCGAAAUUCGGGGAAAUGUAUGCUGAUAAUGCAACAACAAUUAGCUAGUGCUCUUCUAUUUGUCUCUUCUACAUGUCAGGCUAGUGUGCCACGUAUGACGUAUCGUUUCACAAUGUAGAGACGAAGGUGCCACAAAGUAUCACGACAACAGGAAGAUUGUCUGGAGGAAGGGACCCGCAAACAAUGAUUCUCCAAGGCUACAAACCGUUGACCUGAAGAACGUUUGUUUGUGGGUGCCCUAACUAAGGCAACUGGCUCGUCGAAGGGAACUGAGGCUCUCCGUGCCGAUUGAGUGUGUCACCGUUCAUAGUGGGCGUUGAAAUUCUUUUAACUCGUCGGACCCCAACACUCUGCCAAGUGCAAACACAGAACACACACUCGAUUCUUGUGUAAAAAGUAAUGAGUAAUGUCAUUAAAAUUACUGCCAAGUGUAAUUAAAUUACAUUACAAAUAACAAUGUAAAAAGUAAUGCAUUACAUUACAAAUUACCAGGAAAAGUAAUUCACUACAGUAAUGACAUUACUACCCAGGUAUGCUCACGACUAUAGCCCCCCCCCCACACACACACACAAAAAAAAAAGGAGAAGAAGAGAGUUUGUUUGUUUGUUUGUAAGAAAAAAAAACAAGGAGAAAUUGAACAUUGAAUUGAAUGGAGAAACAAGGAGAAGAAGAGAGUUGAACGCGCAUCAAUGGCACCUUUGCAUGGUAUGAUGGCUCCCCAAACAGCGACCAGUUAGGGAACACUGAGAAUUAUGGUUACGCAUCAGGCUGUUUUCUUUCUUGUUAAUGAAACAGCAAGCCGACUCAUGUUUGGAUAACGUUUCCCUUCGUUAUUCCUCACAACAAACAUACCCCCCACCCCAGCAUCAAUCCGAAAAUUUUCUCUUUUUUUCUCUCCGGGGCGUUUUUCCAUUCUCUUUUGUUCUGGUGCUUUCGAACAUGCCCUAGCUUUCUGCGUGUAACAAGUUGUGGACAAGAAGAAAGGAAUCCGCUCGUGUCAGACGCGUCCAUUCCUUGUCGUACAAAGAAAGGACUCUGAUUGCCUCAGAUCCGUCAGAAGGUUUUGCGGAGUUGCGACGGUCGUACACAUUUAAUCGCUGUACCCUUUCUCCAUAUUUCGUCGUAUGUUUUGUCAACCACUUUAGGCUCUUCAAGUUGACCUACUCUAAAGAAAUCGACAAUGACCUGUACAUAACUGCUUCUAGUAGUUCAAAGAGGGCUGAGCGUUAGAUGCACUCCGCCACGAGAGGAAGUGCUUCCUUCCUUCUGUAAGGAAGUUGAGCGGAAUUAGACUUGCUAUAAAAACUACACGAGUACAUUCUCUUGUAGGAAUGACGUCAGACACUGUCAUUAUGUAUGCACUUCACGACUUUCGGCUGUGUGUGUAGAAUGCCUGAGGAAUAUCCCGCCUAACAUUUGGGAUGUGUGGACGUUGUUUGUUCUCUGUUGUCGAGACUCGAAGGCCGUUCCCGUUUGAAGUGGCAAAUUCUGCCACCGUGUACAUGUUUGCUGACGGAGAUCUGCUGUAUGUAAACAUGUGGAUUGUUCAUCUCUUUUGUGUAUAAAGAUGUGUACAUAGACUCGAUCAUGCUGAUGCAUGGAAUAAAGUUGCAUAUCUGUGCCAGUG